AUGUCAUUUGUACUUUUGGCUAAAUUUGCCAACAAUCUUCUCCGCCUAAAGCACACCAGUUGCUCUAACAUUAACAGAAUCAACCCUUUGUCAACCUUAAAUUUUAUUUAUUUUAACAGAAGAUUUAUUCAUAAUAAUAAUAUUAAACAGGAUGAUUUGGAUGAAAAUAAAAAUUCCUGUAAUAGCGGAUAUAAAUUAUGUGAUCUGGUAAAAAAAAAUGAUUUAGGUACUAAAACACGUUUUUUAAUAAACAAAUUAAAAUUUAAUCAUUUUGACAAGUUUCAAUCGCAAAUCUUCCAACACAUUAUAUUCCAAGGUUAUUCUAUGAAUUCAUUGCCUAGUGACCCUGGAAAAACGUGUGAAAAUUCAAAUAAUAUCGAUUUAAACGACAAAAAUUCUGUAUUAUAUGUAGUUGGCAAUAGUAAUAGUGGAAAAACAAGCUCCUAUUUGCUAGCUUUAAAUGAGUUAAUAAAUAACCCAAAAUCUCAGUAUUACCAUGUGUAUAGAGAUAAUCACAGGCAUAAAAUGAUAUUAUAUAGUAAGUUGAGGGGUGGGAAGCUUUGUAAACCCAGGGGAUUCAGACGUAUAAAUGGAGCUCCAAGACUAAAUCCAGACUCCUUUACCGUUCCUUUGGCUAUAAUAUUGGUUCCUUUUCGUGAGUUGGGCCAGAAUAUCUUCCAAACUUGUGAUCAAAUGGGUAUUCGAUCAAGAUUAAUAACUGGCGGUUUCGGUUACAAAUUGUUAAAUAAAAGUUCUUCCGAUUCUGGAGGUGAUGAUACUAAUGGUAUGUUUAUAGGUUUGGGUAAUUUUGAUGUAAUAAUAAGUACACCUGAGAUGUUAUUGAGAAUUAUAAAUGGUGAGUAUGAGGACUUUAGAUUGGACGUGAAGUACCUCAAGUUUCUUAUUUUUGAGGAUUCAGAUUUAUUGGUUGAGGAGAUGUAUUUGCCUAAAAUAAACGAAAUACUUAAUUUACUUUUGAUUGAUAAGUUGAGUUUGGUUUACGUUUCGAGGGUUAAAUCGUCUAAUUUAACCGAUCACGUAAACGCCAUAGGUUCUCCAACUGUGUUAGAGAAGGCAGAAACGCAUAAUUUGGACCACUUUAAGAAAAUAUUUGUCUACACAUACUCAAAUGAUAAGUUGGAAGUCCUAAUUGACUUAAUCAACGAAAUCACCCAUAAUAACUUACAAAAAACUAAAAUUGUCAUCUUUACCAAUACAACCAAUUGCAACAAAUUUUUAAAAUAUUCUUUACUGGACAGAGGGUAUAGAAUUAGUAACCUGUUUGGAGGUAUGAACUAUGAAGAAAGGACUGAGAAUUUGCGCAAUUUCGAGUCUGAUGCUGACAUUCUCAUUACCACAAACUUCGCCUCAAGGUUCAAAUUUAACUGCACAAUCAACAACAUAAUCCUCUUCGACUUCCCCAAGAAUAUCCAACAAUUCAUUCAUCACACUUCUUCUUUUACAAAUAACUCAAAUAACAAAAUGUACCUAAUGUUUAAUAACAAGAAUAUUGGAUUAAUGAAAGAGAUGAUAAGUUUAUCUAGUAAUUUGAGUGGAUUCGAGUAUCGCAACUUAACUCCAAAACUGUCUAAAAAGCUCUCAUUAUACCAGAAAUCACUACUUAAACACAACUUUAAAAGGGCUAAGGCUGUUAAAAAAGUUGAAUUUUUAAGGAAAAGAGGAAUUCUUAAAAAAUCUCAAACACUUCCAAAGAUGUGUGAUAGGAAUGUGGAGAUGUCGGACAGUCAAGAGUAUUUGAGAAUGGAGAGAACUCCAGACGGAUUCUUGCAAAUAAUACCAAAGAGAAGGUCGAGGAUUAGGAACUACGAAGUAACUAAGAUUCUCUCAUUUUAA